CUGAUAGCGGAAAGAGAGCCGUAUCCCGCAGGCUACGCUCCGACGCUCUGCCCCCCUAGCCUCGCUGUGGUGCCAGCCCCCCUCCAGCCGGUCGCCCGUGGCGGCGGGGUCCGCGCCUGCGCACUGAUGCAGCGGGGAGCCGGCCAGUGGCUGUGUCUGUGCAGCGGAGUCCAGUCCGGACCGUGGGCAGCAGGAGAGACCGCACAUCUCAGCGACGCUGCCCGGCGCCCUCCCGCUACAGCACCGCCAUGAUCCGCGGCGUCAGUGCCGAUCGCGGCACGGUGAGGAGGCCGGCCGGCGGGGAGCCGAACGGUUUGUGGAGGGAGCCGGAGCCGGGAGAUCGGCAGCAACGCGGGGAGGCAGCGAGCGGCCGGCGGGACAGGGUGGACGAGGCCCGGCGCAGCACCGAGUCCGAGGUGUUUGACGACGGCACCGUCACUUUUUUCUGGAGAGCUCACACCUUGACUGUGUUAUUCAUCCUCACUUGUGCACUAGUUUAUGUUACCCUGUUGGAAGAAACUCCUCAGGACACAGCCUAUAAUAUUAAGAGAGGAAUUGUUGCCAGCAUUCUGGUUUUCUUGUGUUUUGGAGUCACCCAAGCAAAAGAUGGGCCAUUUUCCAGACCUCACCCAGCAUACUGGAGAUUCUGGUUAUGUGUCAGUGUUGUAUACGAGCUGUUUCUCAUCUUCAUACUUUUUCAGACUGUUCAGGACGGUCGUCAGUUCAUGAAAUUCAUCGAUUCGAAACUGGGGGUGCCGUUGCCUGAGAGGGACUAUGGUGGGAACUGUCUUAUUUUUGACCCAGGAAAUAAGACUGAUCCAUAUCACAACAUUUGGGACAAAUUGGAUGGAUUUGUCCCAGCCCAUUUCUUGGGCUGGUACCUUAAGACACUAAUGAUUCGUGACUGGUGGAUGUGUAUGAUAAUCAGUGUGAUGUUUGAGUUUCUGGAGUACAGUCUGGAGCAUCAGCUGCCUAACUUCAGUGAAUGCUGGUGGGACCAUUGGAUAAUGGAUGUGUUUCUAUGCAAUGGAUUUGGAAUCUAUUGUGCAAUGAAGACACUGGAGUGGCUUUCAAUGAAGCCUUACCACUGGCAAGGACUCUGGAAUAUUCACAGCUACAAAGGGAAAAUCAAGCGCAUUGCUUUCCAAUUUACACCAUACAGCUGGGUGAAGUUUGAAUGGAAACCAGCCUCAAAUCUUCGCAGGUGGCUGGCAGUUUGUGGAAUUAUUUUCAUGUUCCUGCUUGCGGAGUUAAAUACAUUUUACUUGAAGUUUGUCCUCUGGAUGCCUCCCGAACAUUACCUCGUCUUGCUACGUCUAGUUUUCUUUGUGCAUGUAGGUGGUGUAGCAAUGCGUGAGAUUUAUGACUUCAUGGAUGACCUGCAUUUCCAUAAAAAGCUUGGUCAGCAAGCUUGGUUGGUAGCUGCGAUCACAGUGACAGAAUUCCUAAUUGUGCUGAAAUACGACCCAUAUACACUCACACUUCCGAUUCCUUUCUAUGUUACCCAGUGCUGGAUCCUUGGUUUUAUACUGGUCCUGUCUUGGACAAUAUGGCGUUUCUUUAUACGGAAUAUCACGUUGCGGUGGAAGGAAACCAGGUUGCAAAAACAGGACAAGACGAGUGAAAAGGAAAAAGUGGGCAAUGGCAGUGCAAAUCCUUUUAUAAAAAGCAAGCACAAUGGCAGUGAUGCAAGGCAAAGGAAAUGUUGAAUGUUAUGAAGUAGGAACACUGACAACUAUGCACCAUUAACAGGAUUGCAAGAACUAGUUUCUUCAUUGGGUAACAGCAAUGACACUUCAGUUAUUGGCUGAUAUAUAUGCACAUAUAUAUUUGUUACAUUCACUGGGUGUUUAGUGCUGCAAAGUCAAUAUAUUAAGCUAACUAUAUUAUCAUAAUUUCAUGAAACUAAAUCUUGCCAAUGUACCAUAUUUUGGAUCAAUGUUUCUUACACUACUUGCCAACUUACAGUUGUACAGACUGGUUCUAAACACCCAUAGGUUCCUUUAAGCUGUCAAAACGCAUGUGAAUGUGGAUUAUGAACUAAUUACUAACUUGGUCAUCUCUUGCCAAGAAUUUAACUUAUUCCUUUAAUGGAAUUUUGAAGUGGCCAGCACUGUUGGAUCUAAGAGACAAUUCAGGCUUCCAUGCCUAAUACUGAUUUAAAAAAAUGCAGAAAGAAUUAGUGUAUUACAAUUCAACCUAGAAUGCCCUGGCAACUUAAUGUUAUACUGAAUGUUGCUGGUUAUAUUAAUGGUAGAAUUGCACUGAAACAGCAAUUUUUUAAAAUCUUUAUUGCAGUCUGUUAAAUCUGUUCAACCUUUGAUCCACAAGUAUCCAAUUAUGCAGUUGGAUACCUGGCUGCAUCUAACACUGCUGGCCAGUGUUUUGUAAGAAAACUUCUUCCUUAUACUGCAUUGAAUAUUUUGGCACCUUUGUAAACAAAAGCAUUUUUGCUUUCAUGAAAUUACGGUAUUCAAAUCCUUCAGCAAUAGUAGUCUUGGUUUUGAAUUCUUAAAGCCAUAGUUAAAUAUGUCAUAUAUACUGUCAUUUCAUCCAGGAAUUGGAAUCACUGAUGUUUUUAUACUUGGAGUUAACUUAUAAAAUAGUAUUUGAUUUUUUUCUAGUAUGCUUCAUUAUGCCAUUUUUUUUAAAAGCUGGUGAAUUUUUUUCCUCUGAACACUGGGUACAGGAUGGAGUGAGACUUUAGUUUGUCGAACAAAGCAAAAAAAAUACAGUGCUAAAUUUAUUUGAUAUGCUUUUUGUUUGAGAUAUUAAGAAUAUGUUCUGUCUAUAGAUUAUGAAAAUUAUAUUUGGUUUUAUAAGCUAAGAGGCCUUGAGAAGAAUAUGGUGUAAUGAAGUCUUGGACAUGCUCACUUUAGAGUGGGGCUCUGUGUACAGUGGAGGCUGUAUACUGCUGGUAUUAGUUUUUAUAGCCAUGGUGGGUUCAGUCAGUUCUGAAUUAAAUGAAGUGUAGGUGUCUAGAUUUUGUAACUAACAAAAUAAUAGGAAUCUGAGCAAUAAGAAUAUGUGUUCUUUUCAAAGAAAAGAAUCCUGUGUAUAGACUGCAGUUUCCUGAACAAGCCACUACAAAGUGUGAGGGUAUCGGUUUGCUAGCUUUAUCACCUCUCAUUCAGAGGUAUCAUCUUAUUGAUAUAACUUCCCUUUUCCUCCACCACCUAUAAUAAACCUGGUAAUGAAGUAGAAAAGUAACACUACACUGAAAUGUAUCUCUUAAAACUGUGCUCUCGUUCUUCCCCCAUUUGUAAUAUAAGCCCAUGGCCAAGGCGGUGUUAAAAUAUUUUGUUCUGACCCAUGGCUGGAAAGUAACCUUAUUCCUGAGAAAAUCCAAGCCACCGAGCCUGUCCCUUAGCUGCUAUCCUUGCCUCCAUGUAAGGUGAACUGCUCUUCAAGUGAUCAAUGUAAUAUUACCCUCCUCCCCACUGCUGGUCUGACACCUUUUGAUAACAAUACCCUGUGAAGUUGGUCUUCCCUGAGAUAAUCAUCAUCUGAUUGUGAUGUGACUAUUUCUCUGAGGCUAACUCACUCAUCUUUAAAAUUAGGCAGUUAAUGAACAGAUUACCUUGCUCUAAUUUAAGCUUGUCCAUGAGGCUAUUAUGGUUUUAUGGCUUCAGAAUGAUGUACUAGUAGAACCUGAAUGUAAUUGACAUCAAUUCCAAUUCUCAGGAAAUCCACUUUUUUUCCUAAGCUUUUGUAACUGUACUUUCAUAUCUGUUGAAUUGUCAAUGUUUGCAAUUACUACUUCAGUGGACUUGAUUUGCGUUUACAUUUUUUCUGAGCACUGAAUAUUUCUUCCUGGAAAAUAUUUUGCAUUUAAAUGAAUUGCUAAUAAUGUCCAUUGUUAUACUGAUGAGAAAUGUGCAAAUCCUCCUUUACAAAAUGGUAAACUUCAAAUCUGAUUUCUAGUGCAUAGUGUCCUUUUCAGUUUUCAGAGUGAUGGUGGGUUUCUUGAACAUGGGAAUUUAUGAAAAUCGUUUUCAAUGGCAGAGGCGGGUAUAAAUAUUUCGGACCAUCUUUCAGAAAUAGAGUUGAUGCUUGGAGAUUGUUGAGCAAAGGAGGUUAAAGUAGACAAAUUAGCCAUUGAGGACUAGACUUGCAUAAUAUUCACAUUUUAUUCUAGAAAAGGAAUAUACAGAUUAAAUUCAGGACAUUUGGGCUUCCAAUUGGAUUCCUCAGAACUGGGGAUGCAAUAGGAAAGUGUAAUUGUGAAACACCAAGUCCACUCUUUUUCUCCCUCUCGUUCAAUCCCUCCCAUAGGGCCCUGGAACACUUGUGUCCCCCAGUGAUUGGUAAAUCUACAUACAUAAACUCUGCUGUUGUCCUCAAAAAGUUAACAACCUACUCUACCUAGGCGAUAUUAAUGAGUAAAGCAGUACUGAACAUAAGGUGCCUUACUGGGGAUUCAGUUGUGCUGGAGGCUGGACAAAGUGCCUAAAUGUGGCUACUAUCCCUCUUGGCCCUUAAAACACACUUUCAGUACUCUCAUCACAUGGGCACAGAAGUACAUCUUAACCAUUUAUUAAAUUGCGCUAUUAAUGGGCUACUUUGAUUUUAUAUUAAUAUAGUUAUUUUGAGAGGUACAAGCUCAAUCCUGGUCCUAUAUAUCAUUUUCCCAUUAUUAAUGAGUCAGAUCCUUAUUGCUAAUGUAUAAUCUCUUGAAAACAUGGAUAGUUUUAUGAAUAUUUUUACAUAGUGAUGCUCAUCUCAACUGGUCUGAAGAAUUGAUUGUGGCAAUAUAUUCUAAAUAAACUGGAAUAUAUUAGAUU